AUGCUCAAUAUUGAUGAUCCAAUCCACGUGAUCUCGAUAGAGGAACCCUCUUCUGGAUCUAGACAGAAACCACCAGAUUACGAUGCCGUGACCGAUGCACCGCCAAGUUACGACGAUGCUAUCAAAUUAAAUCCAGGGCACUUAGUCAGGUCUAGUAAUUGCAGUACAAAUACUGUUUUAUCCAUGGAACAGACGAUACCUGGAGCAGUCGACGAACUUUCUGGUCUACCAACCCCCACGCCACCACCACCUUAUGCUAGGUAA